CCAACGUGCCGAUCAGCAGAAAGAUCCCUUACGCAGUUUGCCCUUCGUAGGACAGACGCGCUAAGAGAUCGAAAGACUUCAGUUGUGUUAUUGUCGCUGAAAUCUUCACCAUUCCCUUCCUUCCUUUCUAAGCUGAUGCGAACGACACCAAACUGCCUUUGCAGCUGUGGGCCGUCUUUCUUUUUCCGGGAGGCAUGAGUUUAUCAGAAGCACGCCUUUUGUAAGGUCGAGAGACUCAAGCUUUGCAUCCCUCCCGAUCCUCAAUCUCCGCAUCUUUGUUCCGCCGCUGGGCUGGAAAAAUCGCCCUUGAGCGAGAUGCACAGCAACUGGUUCGCAGGCUGCGGGCACUGCAGAAGAACAAGUGGCUCCGGCGGUGGUGACGCAGCUUAAUUGCGUCAUUUUCCAGGCGCCGCUGGGGUUGGAGAUGGGCAGAGGGAGGCAUGGCGUGCAAAGGGUAGUCUGGCUGGUCGGAGCUGCGAUUGCUAUCAAUAGAAAAAGACCAGAAGAUCAGGAGAACUGUAACUGUAGGCUAGACUGAGAAGUCAAGAAUGCAGUGACAAAUCAUUUCUGUAUGCUACGAUGGUCGACUAGCAGCUGAACUUGACUUAGAGUCUCCUUCCACUGGUCCUAGAGAGAGGCAAGAAGCCUUGGAUUUUGGUGAUUUUGCUGAGCAUUACUCAUAUGCUUUGAAACCUGCUCUGCCACUUUAAGGGUCCUUCAUGGACUAGGCUAGGAAGAAAAGUCGUAGCCAUCAUGGGGCAAAGUGAAUCGGAGCCACAGAAGGAGGAAGAGGUGUUGGGAGUUGUGAUAGGAGCUGGGCUUUCGGUGUUGCUUGUUUCUGCUUUGGUACUGAUAUUGAUCCACCGAUUUCAUCUUCAGAAGGUUCAGGCUCAAGAACAACCAAAAUAUCGAUUUCGCAAGCGGGAUAAAGUAUUAUUUUAUGGACGAAAGAUUAUGCGCAAGGUUUCUCAAUCUACAUCCUCCCUUGUAGACACUUCCAUGUCUGCUUCACGGCCACGCAUGAAAAAGAAGCUCAAGAUGCUAAAUAUUGCCAAAAAGGAACUGGCUAAUUGUCUGCAGAAAUUUCAGCUUUUUCUUCCUGUGCUCAGAAUCCUGCGUAUCAAGAAGGAGCUGCCAACCCUUCAGCUAAAGGAGCCACCCCCAUCUGUUUUGGAGGCUGAUCUCACAGAGUUUGAUGUGGCCAACUCUCAUCUCCCCUCUGAAGUACUCUACAUGUUAAAGAAUGUGCGGGUGCUAGGCCACUUUGAGAAACCCUUAUUCCUGGAAUUGUGUAAACACAUGACCUUUCAACAGUGCCAGCAAGGCGAAUAUGUCUUUCGCCCAGGUCAGCCUGAUACCAGCAUCUAUGUGGUCCAGGAUGGAAAAUUGGAGCUCUUUCUAUCUGAACAGGAUGGGAAAGAGACUCUUGUGAAGGAGGUGUUCCCAGGAGACAGUGUGCAUAGUCUUCUCAGCAUCCUGGAUGUCAUCACGGGUCACCAACGGCCAUAUCGGACAGUGUCAGCACGGGUAGCUGAAGACUCCACUGUGCUACGGUUGCCGGUGGAAGCCUUCUCAGCAGUCUUUGAGAAGUAUCCUGAGAGCUUGGUCCGGGUGGUUCAGAUCAUAAUGGUUCGUCUUCAGAGAGUCACCUUUUUGGCCUUGCACAACUAUCUGGGCCUGACAAAUGAGCUUUUCAGCCAUGAAAUGCAGCCAUUGCGGCUUUUUCCCCAGUCGAGUCACCCCUCCCGCACAAGUCCUGUCUGGCACAGCAAACGCAUAAUUAAUGCUUCCUCUAUUGAGGACACAAAGGAUAGUACUGGAAGGCAACCAGAUGCCUCUAAAGAUCAAGGUGAUCCCUUGAAAUCAGGUUUAUUAGAACCCUCUGUUCCUCCUUUGUUGAGCCGUUGUAUCUCCAUGCCAGUUGAUAUUUCAGGAAUACCGAAGGGCCCACGGUCAGACUUUGAUAUGGCCUAUGAGCGAGGCCGCAUCUCAGUUUCUCUUCAGGAAGAUAGUACAGUUUCAUUAGAUGGCUUUGCUCCAUCAGCUUCCCAAGACUCCCGCGAACGAAAAUCUGUGACAGUGGAGGAACAGCCAUCAGGCAUCUACCAUUACAACUAUUGUGAGGAUGAUUCAGCAACUGGGGAUUGCCCAUUUGGACCAUACCAGGGCCGCCAGACUAGUGCCAUUUUUGAGGCUGCCAAACAGGAGCUGGUAAAACUCAUGAAAAUUGAGGAUUCAUCCUUACUAAAUAAUCGGGUGCUUUUGCAUCAUGCCAAGGCAGGAACAGUAAUUGCACGUCAAGGAGAUCAAGAUGUCAGCUUGCACUUUGUACUUUGGGGCUGUCUGCAUGUUUACCAGCGGAUGAUUGACAAGGCUGAAGACGUGUGCCUCUUCCUGGUGCAACCUGGGGAGAUGGUGGGCCAGCUAGCAGUGCUUACUGGAGAACCACUGAUUUUCACCAUCAAAGCAAAUCGUGAUUGUACUUUUCUUAAGAUCUCCAAGUCUGACUUUUAUGAGGUUAUGAGGGAACAGCCAAGUGUGGUAUUGAGUGUGGCUCAUACUGUGGCAGCUCGCAUGUCUCCUUUUGUGCGUCAAAUGGACUUCGCUAUUGAUUGGAUGGCAGUAGAGGCUGGACGAGCACUUUACAGGCAAGGCGACAAGUCUGACUGCACCUACAUUGUGCUGAAUGGGCGCUUGCGCUCUGUCAUUCAAAAGGCCAAUGGGAAGAAGGAACUCGUUGGGGAAUAUGGGCGUGGGGACCUCAUUGGAGUGGUAGAAGCUCUGACCCAUCAAGUACGAGCUACUACUGUCCAUGCUGUGCGGGACACAGAGUUGGCCAAGUUACCAGAAGGGACUCUCAACAACAUCAAAAGACGCUAUCCUCAGGUUGUCACCCGGCUUAUCCACCUACUGAGUCAGAAGAUCCUGGGAAAUCUGCAGCAGUUGCAUGGCCCUUUCCCAAGUUCAGGUCUUGGCAUGACCUCCAGCUCAGAACUGACCAAUCCAGCUAGUAAUCUCUCAACAGUGGCAGUCCUUCCAGUGUGUGAUGAAGUGCCCAUGGCAGCCUUCACCUUGGAACUCAAACAUGCUCUGAAUGCAAUUGGCCCAACCCUGCUGCUCACCAGUGACAUAAUCCGUGCUCGUCUUGGAGCAUCAGCAUUGGAUAGUAUCCAUGAAUAUCGACUAUCUGGCUGGCUAGCUCAGCAAGAGGACAUUCAUCGCAUUGUUUUGUACCAGACUGAUUACACCUUGACUCCUUGGACAGUGCGUUGCAUCCGGCAAGCUGACUGCAUUCUCAUUGUGGGCCUGGGGGACCAAGAGCCUACACUGGGUGAGCUAGAACAGAUGCUGGAGAAUACAGCAGUGCGAGCCCUAAAGCAGCUUAUCCUCCUGCACCGUGAAGAUGGCCCCAGCCCUGCCCGCACAGUGGAGUGGCUCAACAUGCGCAGCUGGUGCUCAGGGCAUCUACACAUCAAGUGCCCACGCAGGGUCUUUUCUCGACGCAGUCCCAACAAACUGAGAGAGAUGUAUGGGAAAGUCUUUGAAAAGAAUGCGGAUCGUCACAGUGACUUCUCCCGUCUGGCACGAGUCCUUACAGGCAAUACCAUCGCUCUGGUUCUGGGUGGUGGUGGAGCCAGAGGUUGUUCUCACAUUGGAGUGAUCAAAGCCAUGGAGGAAGCUAGUCUCCCUAUCGAUCUGAUUGGCGGCACCUCGAUUGGCUCCUUCAUAGGGGCCCUUUAUGCAGAGGAGAGGAGUGCAGUGCGCACAAAGCAGCGGGCCAGAGAAUGGGCAAAGAAUAUGAAUUCAGUGUUUGCAACUGUGCUGGAUCUCACCUAUCCCAUCACCUCCAUGUUCUCUGGCUCUGCCUUCAACACCAGUAUUCACAAAGUGUUCCAGGAUAAACAGAUUGAGGAUCUGUGGCUCCCAUAUUUUAAUGUGACAACAGACAUCACAGCUUCUGCCAUGCGUGUGCAUAAAGAUGGUGAGCCUGGAGCCCUUGCCCCACCCCAGCCACUCUGCAACUCCAGAAGACUCUCUCAGACAGGCAGCGUGUGGCGCUACGUCCGGGCCAGUGCAUCUUAUACCCCCUAUUUGCCUCCUCUCUGCGACCCCAAGGACAGUCACUUGCUUGUGGAUGGCUGCUAUGUUAACAAUGUCCCAGGCUCGCUGUGGCGGUAUGUGCGAGCUAGCAUGACCCUUUCCGGGUACCUACCGCCACUCUGCGACCCCAAGGACGGCAAUUUACUGAUGGAUGGCGGCUACAUCAACAACCUUCCAGGUUUGCAUUUCAGAUGACUUUUUAUGAAGCUUUGUUCCAUUUUGCCCAGCACAUGCCCUGCAAGUGGCAGGUAUGUAAACUGACAGAAUUCACAGAGUUUUAGAUAAUCAUUCAAUGGACCAUAAACCUACUUUUUGGUUCCAAUGAAUGAUUUCUUAAGCAUUCUAGAUACGUUAUUUGUCAUGUCUUUAUAUGUUAGCUUUAGUGCAAAUUGUUCUUUUCCAGAUAUUUCUCUUAAAUUUAGGUACAUAUUUUCUUGUUUCUGUACUUAACGGGAACAAAUAAAUGUGCUCGCUGGUUCAUUCUCUUGAAAUGUCCAUGAAAUAUCAGCAUAUUCUGGUGUUUUCUUUAUAAUUUUGGAUCCCUGGAGCUAAGCUUACUUAUUUCCUUAUCACGAUUUUUCUAAAGUGAUUUGCUUUCUAGAUCUUCACUUAUUUAUGUAAACUUUUUUAAGUCUGUUUCACUCACCAUUUUCUCAGCAUCAUUCCUAGCUGGACAAGCAAUCUUUUUUUCUUGGAAAAGGCCUUUUCAGGCCUGAACUGAGAGAGGCUAUGAUUUAACAAACCUGAGCUGGCUUUGCUUCUUCUGUUGCUUGGUUUUCUGAGAAAUAAUAGUUGUGUAUUUGCCAUAUUGUCCAUUCCAGCAAGUAAGUUUUUGUGUGCUUUAAGUUUGAAGCAUUUUGUAAAUUGACCACAUUGUAUAUUCUUUGCUAUAUUUUUGUAACUACGCAACUAGUAUGAAGAAUAUUAAACCUCUUCCUCUGUUUAUCUGCUUGUUGCCUCUGAAAAUACAAGGAGGUAUUACCUCACAUUUUUACCAUUAUCUACACCACCCCCCCAAUAUGGGAUAAUAAUAAAAGGCCACUGUGUUCAGUUUUACAUGAAGGUACUUGCACUUGAACAUUCUGCAAGCCACAGAGUAGAUGCCAUUUUAAACCAACAUGCAAGUUUCAAAUGGGAAGUUACAAAUAAUUGGGCCUGGCUAAAAGAGCUGGUAUACUAUUUAAUAUAAUUGAAUUAACAGUUAAGUUUCCAACAUGCUGUCCUCCAGGUAUUUGGGAUUUUAACUCCCAUUAAAAGCUAUGCUGAUUAGGAAUUUCAAAAUGUAAGUGUUGGCAAGUUUGAAAGACUCCAGGUUAGAGAAAGCUAAAGCAGCAGGAUUUCUCCCUCAUUACUGUUAUUCUAUGGCUCUUAAGAGCCUAUAAGAAUAAUGUCUAAAUAAGAAUAGAAAAAGCCAACUCUUCUGCUGUCUAUGUAAUACACAGUUAUUUCCAUAAAUGUUUGCCCAGUACUAAAAGCAUGUCAGCUGCUUCGUGUUGCUUUAUUAAAUAACACUUAAGUUAUACAAGUUGUCCUUCUUUCUGUCUACACCAGGGGUGUCAAACUGCUGGCCCACAGGCCAAAUGCAUCAUAGUGAAACCGCGCCCACUCCAUUGCCAGCAAUGGCAAAAAAAAGUUGUGAUACGUUGGGACACAUCACAUGACAUUGUGAGUUUGACACCCCUGGUCUAGAACUUUCUCCAAAAAUAAAUAUAAAGGGAGAUGCAGUCCCUUCUAGGACCAAUUGUAGCUAGUUAAGAGGUUGCUAUUCCAAAGUUUUCAGCAGGGCAAAGAAAUUAUAUUCAUGAUGACAAACCGCUUUUCCUAUAAAGGAGGCCCAAUUGAUUGAUGUUAAUGCUGAGAAAGGAAAGUUGGUCAGAGGGAAUUACCUUCUACAACAUCAAAGAAUGUUCUCCCCAACUCUCUGAUUUGGUGGUGGUGGCGGCAUGUUCUUAGCUUUUGUCUCUUCACAUUGUCUUUCCCCUGAAACAUUUCCCUCUUUCUCCUCCCUUAAAUGUAGCUGACAUUG